AUGCCCGAAAGCAACAGCGGGGGUAGCCCCAAGCAUGAUGAAGUCCGCGAUGACACGAAAGAAGAUGCUGAGACUCGCGCCGCUAGACGCGAGCUGAAGCAAUCGAGCAUAUCGGAUCCUUCACCCAAUGAAGACGGCCCGGCAUCCACACCCGACGAUACCACAGCAGGUCAAGAGGAAGAUGGCUUAAAAGAAAAAGUAUCUUCACCAAAGAAGAAACGCGCCCAUGACCAGCUGGAUACAACCCGUGAAAAGGCAGACAAGCAAGCUUCAGAAGACGAUGAAUCGUCCAAGGACCGUACGGAACGAUUGGAGCCCGAAAAGAAGCGAGCCCGUGAUGAAGAAGAUACUAAGCAGGCUGCGGACAAGAGCGAAUCUCACGAAUCCAAAACGGAUCAAACGAAACCUGCCCCCAGCGGCUUCGAAGCGUCCGCUUUUGGCAAGCUCGCAUCAGGAUCAUCGCCGUUUACCACUCUUGGUGGUACAGGUGGUUCGGGCUUUGCAGCAGCAGGCAAGGGUGGUCUCACAUCUUUCGCGUCUGGUGCCAAGGCCACCUCUACCACCGAAUCAACUUCGCAAUCUAGUUUCGGCGGCAACUCGAGCGCCUCACCAUUCGGAGGUCUGCCUAAAUCCUCUAAUGGAUUUGGGUCGGCUCUCGGAGGCAGUGCAUUUUCUUCAUUGGGCUCUGCAAAGCCACUCGGUAGUUUUGCGUCCUCUGCUACGAGCAAACCAUUCUCGACAACAAAGGCAUCGAAGCCAUUUGGAGCCCCAGAUAGUGACGCGGAGGCUUCUGAUAAUGAAGAUGACGAAAAUGAGAAUGAGGGAGAUGAAAAGAAGAACAACGAGGACGAAGAUAAUGGCGAGUCCUCCGAUAGGGAUGAGGAUCGAAAGAAAACAAAGCUCCACAAAGUUGACGUUGAUGAUGGUGAGAGUGGCGACGUGACCCUAAUUUCGGUUCGAUCAAAAAUGUUUGUUCAUGAAGCCGACGCUGGCUGGAAAGAGCGUGGUGCAGGCAUGGUGAAGAUCAAUGUACCACACUCAUGUGUCGAGUUUGACGACAACGGCAAUGUCCAGCCCGGCUCAUUCGACGCAUCUGGCCUCGAAGAUGAUUCUGAUGAGCAAGCAAAGGUUGCAAGACUUAUCAUGCGUCAAGACCAGACGCACAGAGUCAUCCUUAACACACCCAUCCUUCCUAUCAUGAAAUUCCAAAAAAAGUCAACACUCAAAUCGGCAUCCGCCACAAGCAUCCUAUUUACAGCAUUUGAUGGCCCAGAAGCCAAGCCUAUCUCAGUAACAAUUAGAAUGAACAAUACAAACGCGAAGCUAUUUAUGAGCGAGGUCGCAAGCAUUCAGCGUGAGCUUCAAGACCGAUAA